AUGGAUCCCUACGUAGGGUGGUAUCAGCCCGAGCAGGAAGGACCCGCGAAGCGCUUGUGGCUUCGUAUCUGGGAAACUCAAAGUGAAACAGACAAAAUGAACCUUAAAAAUUUAGAGAACGCUAAUCCCAAUGUGAAUAAAGCGCAAGACUUUAUACCAUUGAAUGAAGUGAACGGUGAAAAUAGGAAUAAUAAUUACUUCAAUCCAACGCGAAGGAAAGCGAACGAUAACCGCGCAUCUACAUUUAACCUGAACCAAAACCACGAUGCUCUUAUAGGUGAAUACGGCGGUUGUCCGUGGCGAAUUCCUAACUACGUGUACAAGCCUGGAGUAUUAGGGCUGCACGAGGAGAUCGAGCACUUCUACAUGUACAUGUCGCCCACGGAGACGGAGCACCUGGUGCGCUCCACGGUGGUGAGCCGCAUCCGGGGCGCGAUCCUGGCGCUGUGGCCGCAGGCGCGCGUCGAGGUGUUCGGCUCCUUCCGCACCGGCCUCUACCUGCCCACUAGCGACAUCGACCUCGUAGUUAUAGGUCAAUGGGAGAAGCUGCCGCUGUGGACGCUGGAGCGCGAGCUGGUGGGGCAGGAUAUUGCUGAGAAGGAGAGUAUCAAAGUGCUUGAAAAGGCCACUGUUCCCAUCGUUAAGAUGACCGACAAAUACUCAGAUGUUAAGGUGGACAUCUCGUUCAACAUGAGCAGCGGUGUCAAGAGUGCGGAGCUCAUCAAGCAGUUUAAGGAGAAGUAUCCAGUGCUCUCUCGGCUAGUCAUGGUGUUGAAGCAGUUCCUCCUCCAGCGCGACCUGAACGAGGUUUUCACUGGAGGCAUCUCCUCGUACUCUCUGAUCCUCAUGUGCAUCAGCUUCCUGCAGCUGCACCCGCGGCCGGAGAGGCUCCGGCAGCCUCACAACCUUGGAGUGCUGCUCAUAGAAUUCUUUGAGUUGUAUGGAAGAAAGUUUAACUACGUGAAAACGGCGAUACGAGUGAAAAAUGGCGGCUCGUAUGUCUCUAAGGAUGAUAUUCAAAAGGAGAUGAACGACGGGCACCGGCCGUCGCUGCUGUGCAUCGAGGACCCGCUCACGCCCGGCAACGACAUCGGCCGCUCCAGCUACGGCGCCAUACAGGUCAAGCAGGCGUUUGACUACGGCUACAUAAUCCUGCAGCAGGCGGUGGCGCCACACAACGCGCUGCUGGCGCGCCACAGCGUGCUGGGCCGCGUGCUGCGCGUCACCGACCACGUGCUGCAGUACCGGCGCUGGGUGCGCGACACCUUCGAGCCCUUCUUCUUCCCGCAGCGCCUGCGCGCGCGCCGCCCGCACUCCCCGCGCUCCCCGCGCACGCCGCGCUCCCCGCACUCGCCGCCCUCGCCGCGCUCGCUGCGCUCCCCGGAGCCGUCGCCCGACGCGACCACCCCGGCGCACUCGCCCUCGGACACCGACCAGGUGAGCUUACCGUCGCCAUCUUGUUUAGGAUUUGAGGAGUACCGUCGAUUGUAUAUUGAAAACAAACUCCGCCUCUCUACCGAAAAACAUUUGCUAUCUGAUGUCGUCCAGGAGUGGUCGGACAGCGGGUCGGGCGCCGGGGGCGGCGGCGGCGGGGCGGGCGCGGGCGCGGGCGGCGCCAGCACGUCGCCGCCGCCGCUGUCGGCGCUGCAGUGCUCGUCGCCGACGCCGCGGCGCGUGUCGGCGCACCAGAGCCUCAUCAUCCACCACAUCACGAGCAACUCGGACUUCAACAAUAUACCUUCGGGUGGGUAUGCCGCAAUGACCGUUCCAGGCGUGAUGCAACAGCGCUACAACAACCCCAACAACAACAACACAAACGACAACAAGAACCGAGCGCCGCGGUCGUUCACCUCCAAGCAGCGGCGCUACAACAACCACGGCUCGCCGCCGCAGAGGUUCCGCGGCGACACGCGCAAGAAGCGCCGCCAGUUCGCGCAGCAGCGA